AUGUCCGACGUGCGUGGAACACGGGUACCUCGGGGGCGUGGCGACUCGGCGUUCACAGCUGCCCCCUUCCGAGUAGUCACACAGAACUGCAGAGGCCUGAACGCUCCAGAGAAACGUGCACACCUCCUACGGGAACUGAAACAGCAGCAUGUGUCAGUAGCACUACUACAGGAAACGCACCUGAGAGUGACGGACACACGGCGGCUGACAGACAGGCGCUUCCCGGAUGCCUUCCACAGCACCCACCCGACGGCUCGCAAAGCGGGCGUGGCGAUCCUCCUGGCCAACAGCCUCCAUUUCACUCAGAGCGACAUGAUGGCCGAUGGGUACGGCAAAUACCUGUUUGUAAAAGGAGUAGUAGCCCAGAGGACAUACACAUUCGCAUCAAUAUACGCUCCGAACACCAAACAGGCAAAAUUCCUCCGCGCUACACUCCUCAAAUUAGCCAACUUCACCGAAGGUGCCCUUAUAAUGGGGGGAGACUUUAAUGCACCCCUGGACCCGAUUCUGGAUUCGUCGACAGGGCACAGCAGUAUCCCGCAAACAGCCAUCCGGACGAUACGCAGGACUCUUCGUAACCUGCGCCUUGUGGACGCAUGGAGAACCCUCCACCCAGGGGACCGUGAUUACACGCAUUACUCGGCUUUACAUCAUAGACACUCUAGAAUUGACUAUCUCUUCCUCCAGCAGGAAGGCCUCCACGGACUACUGGAUGUGGAAAUCCGCCCUACCCCAUGGUCGGACCAUAGCGCAGUAUCCAUGCUCAUGGACUCGCCUCUAUACAGGCCGGUCCAGUCUACCUGGCGACUGAACGAAUCGCUCCUCUCCGACAUAGCGAUCCAAGCUCAAUUAGUGGAACAUCUAAAUAAUUACUUUACCGAAAACGACACUGACGAUGUCUCUGCGUUGACCCUGUGGGAGGCUCACAAGAGCGUUCUCAGAGGACUCCUCAUACGGAUAUCUGCGGAAAAAAAGAGGGAAGCACAACAACAAAUGGCGUCACUCGCAGACCAGAUAGCGACGCUGGAAACGCUGCACAAGCGGACUCAACUGGAGUCGCACUACCGCACUCUCCUGACAACCAGACGCCAACUAACGGAAUUGAUAGCCCGCAAGCACUACAGGACAACCCAGAGGUCCAAGGCCUUCUUUUAUAUACACGCCAAUAAGGGGGGGAGACUCUUAGCACACAUGAUACGGAACCAACAAGCCACCGCACAG